GUUUUCUUCCACAGCAGCAGGUGGCACCGUUGUGGUUUUCGCGUCUGUUCAAAUAACAGCUGUGUUGCCAGGUCCGCGGUAUUUACAACAUGGCGAAUUCGUAUAGUAAAUGUAUGUGUUUAAACAGGUGACGUUAGUUAGACUACAUUAAUGUAGUACGGGAGAGGGCUGGGUGUCAUUUUCUCACUUUUUAAACGUUGACAAUUUGUCCUUCCUCUAAAAGUUUAUAAAAUUAAAAGCAGCCUGGGAGUGCUAUACGGUCUUCUGUAAGCUGUACAAUGUCUUUAUGUUGUGCCAUUUUUCUAGUUGUGUUAAAUAAUUUUUUUUACAUUGCAAAUGCCUUCAACGUGCAACCCAUGAUAUUUAGUAAUAAACGUGAUUUAUGUUCGUGAUAAAGUUCUAGUAGUCUGAGUUUGGUGGCGCGGACCUGGCAACCCCGAUUGAUCCGUUUAUACCCUUGGAGUGAAAAUGACAGGACGCAGCACUCCGCCGAAUAUGAUCAGAUUUGUGAAAGUGGUGGUGUUUGGUCUAUUGAUAACGCUGCUUGUUUUAUUUCUCGCGGCCACAACAAGGACUUUUACGUUAGAGGUAAAUGCAGGACUUCAGCUUGCACAGUGGGAGAAAACAACACGCAUAUCGCCUGCUAUAAACCCCGAGCAGAGGGAGAACCUGCUCACACAUUUCAAAGAGGCAAUUCGUAUUCCCACUGUGUCGUUCUCGGAGUCUCACCAGAACACAAGCGCUCUUCAAGAGUUUAACCGUCUUCUAAAAAGAGUCUUUCCAACAAUCUUCUCAUCCACUCUAGUUAAGCAUGAGGUGGUUGGGAACUAUAGCCACCUGUUCACAGUGUCAGGCAGCGAUCCUAAGCUGGUGCCCUACAUGCUGUUGGCGCACAUUGACGUAGUGCCAGCCAAUGAGACUGACGGGUGGGAGGUGCCGCCCUUCUCAGCCAAAGAGCUGAAUGGAUUCAUUUAUGGGCGAGGGACCCUCGACAAUAAACAGUCUGUCAUGGGGAUUCUUCAAGCUCUAGAGUACUUGUUGGAGCGAGGAUAUGUACCACGGAGAGGGUUCUACAUUGGCCUGGGUCAUGAUGAGGAGGUCAGUGGUUAUGGUGGAGCACUAAAUAUAGUCAAACUGCUGAAGAAUCGUGGGGUGAAGCUACAGUUUCUUGUUGAUGAAGGCCUUGCAGUACUGGAUGGCAUUAUAAGUGGUCUGAAUGGACCAGCUGCACUGAUAGGUAUCAGUGAGAAAGGGCAUGCCACAGUGAAGCUGAGUGUCAGUAUGAAGCCAGGUCAUUCAUCUAUGCCUACCAAACAGAGCAGCAUUGGCAUCCUGGCUGCUGCAGUCACAAGGUUGGAGGACUACCCGAUGCCUAGAUUGUUUGGCUCUGGUCCUGAGGGAAGCACUUUUGAACACCUUGCACAUAAGUUUGGCCUGCCUAUCAGAUUCAUCAUGUCCAAUUUGUGGCUUUUCAGCCCCUUGAUGAGCAGGGUAAUGGAAAGAAGGCCUGAAAUGAACGCAUUUGUGCGGACAACCACUGCAGUCACCAUGUUCAAUUCUGGUGUGAAGUCCAACGUCCUCCCGUCACAUGCCGAGGCUGUUGUGAACCUGCGCAUCCACUCUGCACAAACAUUGCAAGAGGUACUGGACUUGAUUAAAUCCACUAUUUCAGAUGAUCGUGUUAAAAUAGACCUGAUUAAUGGCUUCGACCCCCUGCCCAUCAGUUCCUAUGAUGAGCAGUCGUUUGGGUAUCAGGUUAUUAAGAAGACGGUGUUGGACAUGUUUCCUGAGGUCACUGUUGCUCCAGGCAUCUGUGUGGGCAACACAGAUAGCCGUCAUUACACCCCGCUGACCAAGGACAUUUAUCGCUUUGCCCCAACCUGGUUCAAACCAGGUGACCCACAGAGAUUCCAUGGCAUCAACGAAAGGAUCUCUUCAAAGAACUACGAGGAGCUUGUGCUUUUUUAUUUUCGGCUCAUCCAGAACUGUGACAUCAGAAACCUACCACCUGCACACACCAGCCAACAUGAUCUGUGAUUUAUUCUGGUAAAGUGUGUUUCAGACCCCUUGAGUUUCAGAACAUCACGAUCAGAACAUGACGAUAUUUUGUCAGACAAGGCAGUUCACAGCAUAGGAAUGAUUCCCUAGUUUGUCUUGAUUUUUGUAUUUUUGAGCACUUUAAUCAGGAGCAGCUGAUCUCAGGGAUAAUUGUAAUAUGAAUUGUGAGGUAGACAGGAAUGUUGCAUCCAAAUGAUGUUUUAGUAUCUGUAGUCAGGACUAAAUUUGAUAAACUUAUACUAUGAUCAUAUAGUGGUAAUAAAAAUAGGAAAACGUGGCAAUUGAUCUUCAGUCAUUAGGAUACAUUUUAGAUGAAGGGAUCAGUUGGAAAUGGUUUAUAAAUUACAAUAGCAGGGCUGUUUUAUGUUGUCAUUGUGUUUACAUUACUGAUUCCCAUAUAAUUUUUUUUCAUCAAAAUAAAUGUGAAUGAUGGCAAAUAACAACUUCAUAGGAACAAGUACUGUAAGUGCUGUGUAUUUGCAGAUAUACUGUGCUGCUAAAAGUAUUGCUAAUACAAAGAAAAUGUUUACACUGUA